CCCACCUUUUCACACACUCUCUUCUCUUUCUUUCUCCCUUAGCUUCCCUGCAACUAUGGCGAUGCCGCCACUUCAUUACUUUCUUUUCCUCCUUCCUCUUCUUCUUCCCUAUCCCACCUUCACAACCGCCUCUUCUCCAUUCCCAGAUCCUGAAGUCAUAGUUCAAGAAGUGAAUGAGAAAAUCAAUAAUGCCACAAUAAGUGCAAGGAGGAAGUUGGGGUUCCUGUCAUGUGGCACAGGGAACCCAAUUGAUGAUUGCUGGAGGUGUGACCCAAACUGGGACAAGAACCGGCAGCGCCUAGCGGAUUGUGCGAUCGGGUUUGGCAAACAUGCCAUUGGUGGAAGGGACGGCAAGAUUUACGUGGUUACAGACUCGGGGGAUCACCCGGUGAACCCAAAGCCGGGGACACUGAGGUACGGGGCGAUACAAGACGAGCCAUUAUGGAUCAUUUUCGGGCGGGACAUGGUGAUAAAGCUGAAGGAAGAACUAAUGCUCAACUCAUUCAAGACCCUAGAUGGAAGGGGGGCAAGUGUACACAUAGCAGGGGGUCCCUGCAUCACAAUUCAAUAUGUGACAAACAUCAUCAUCCAUGGGCUAAACAUCCAUGAUUGCAAGCAAGGAGGGAAUGCGUAUGUGAGGGACUCCCCAGAUCAUUAUGGAUGGAGGACAUUGUCAGAUGGGGAUGGAGUGUCCAUAUUUGGAGGGAGCCAUGUGUGGGUUGAUCAUUGCUCCCUCUCAAACUGCAGGGAUGGGUUGAUUGAUGCCAUCCAUGCCUCCACUGCCAUAACCAUCUCCAACAACUACAUGACCCAUCACAACAAGGUCAUGCUCUUGGGCCAUAGUGAUACCCUUAUAGCAGACAAGAACAUGCAAGUCACCAUAGCCUUCAACCAUUUUGGAGAAGGGCUGAUUCAGAGAAUGCCAAGAUGCAGACAUGGAUAUUUCCACGUGGUGAACAAUGACUACACCCACUGGGAAAUGUAUGCAAUUGGUGGGAGUGCUGACCCUACAAUCAAUAGCCAAGGCAAUAGAUUCCUUGCUCCAAAUGACAGAUUUAACAAAGAGGUUACAAAACAUGAGGAUGCAGCAGAGAGUGAAUGGAAGAAAUGGAACUGGAGAUCAGAAGGGGAUCUGAUGUUGAAUGGAGCUUUCUUUACAAGGUCAGGUGCAGGGGCUUCAUCUAGCUAUGCAAAAGCAUCAAGCUUGAGUGCUAGGCCAUCUUCUCUCGUCAGUUCCCUCACAGGGAAUGCAGGUUCACUUACCUGCAGAAAGGCCAAAAGAUGUUAAUUAUAUUAAUUAAUCUUUUAUGUAACUCGUCCGUCUCAAUCUAUAUUACGUUUCUCCUAUUCACAACCUCAGCCCUCCCAAAUUAAGCCACUAAUGCUGGCUGGGAACUGAUAGAGUUGAUUGUUCAAUCUAAUGUUAAUACCUAGCUCCAACAUUCACUUCAAUCCAAUAUAUUUAUCAUAUAUGAUAUAUCCCCUCCA